GGCAUCUUGCCCUACAUGAGCAUUGGCUCUGCGUUUAGGCGCAUUUACAUCCGAAACUCUGUGAUUAUGGGCACAUCACCGGCCGGUACCAAUUGUGACAAAUCUGCGUGGUGCCGAACGCAAACCCUCACCGAUCCAUACAUGAACGAGUGCAACUCCAUGUACAUCGCUGCGGAACUCCGACGCGUUGGGUUUGUCGCCGCGAUUCAGACGGCAAACAAGAAGAGCUGUUGGAUGACCAUGCCCUAUGCUGCCUGUAGACUGAUGUCCACCGCGCAGCCGAAGCUGAAUGACUGUCAUCAGCCCUAUGAAAAGGACAUCCACAUGCAGAAAGGCCUAGGUUGGACGUACUUCACAGAUACCACCUUUGCGUACUGGAAGAGUUCGGACUGCGGCCUCUCGUCGCGUGCAAUCACGGUGAACAUGUGGGCUGCUGAGGUGAGUUUCCCUGCCACCUUCACACGUACCACCUGGUACGAGUCCGACAGCGAUGCUCGCUUCGAACUGAGCACAGACAAAUUGGAUGCAUCCUAUGCUGGUCGCGCGAGCCCGUGCAAGAGCACUGGUGGCGGAUGCAUGGGUCUCGAUCAAAUGCUCUUGCAGGAUACAGAUGGUACAUUGACAGGAGUCGGCGCCGCCUUUGCCAGCAUCGUGCCGUACACGCCACGCACGGAUAUCGUGUGGGCUUCGAUGUGCAACAACAGCCUCCACGGCAGCAGCGUUGGCGUGCAGGUUUGCCCCAACGUCUCAGUGGAUCUGCUCGAGAUGAAAAACAUCGACCGUCCGAUGCGUGGCGCCAAGGACGUGAAGUUUGGACCAUUGGUGCUGACCCCAGAUGAGGAAGAAGACAACGGCUUCGAAGGCGGUGUCUUGAGCAGUCCGGGAAACCCAGGCGAAGCGGCGAAGCCGCAGCAUGGUGUGGGACCUUUCUACGCCAGUUGCCCCUGCGGUUGGGAUUUCUCCUUCUACCAUGUCCUCAUUCAGCCAGAUACUACCUACUACAUGGAGGUCUUGUCUCUGCCUGAAAACUUCAAGUUGCGCUAUUGGAACCCUAAUCCCACGGAUUCCGUGCUGCUGGAGAUCUUCUAUCCGGAUAGUCGCGGAGUGAACGUCUUCGUGGGUGGAGCCAAAACGCCUGAUAUGGCGCUGAAGCUGGGCCGAAAGCCCACGCUGGACGAUCCGCACGGCUCUCACGUUGUGGACGCGCAAGCACUGCGAUUGUACGUCACCAUGCGAGGAUCUCAAGCUGGUUUCGACGCUCGCCAAGACUUAACGGUUCGGCGCACGCCCACAGUGAAACUGAAGAUGAAUAUCGAGAUUUCCAUCGUCGAGUUCAAUGGUCCUCAGUUCCAGACGAAUUUGGCCAUUCUGUUGGGUAUUCCUCCUGAGCGAAUUGUGGUGGCCUCGGUCCAAGCGCGACGGCGAUUGAAGCUGCUGGAGAUUGCCAGUGAAGAUGACUCGGAUAUGCCGCUCUGCAUUGGCGACGACUGCAAGACACCAGGCCGUCGCCUGGCGACGGUGGAUCAAACGGAGCUGGAUAUCAGCAUCGAACCAUCUGCAGAUGCCGCAGCUGCGGCCACAGGAGGUGACUCCGCAAGUUCAGGUGGUACCUUCGGAGAUCCGUGCCGGGCCGGUUAG